ACUAAAUCGCCGGCGAUCCUUCGGUCUGACCUCACAAGUCCACCUUAAACUGUCAGUCACUCGUAGUCCGUUUCAGUCCAAUCAGUCCUUUCUACAAAAUUGCUAUAUGGAGGGAUUCUUCGAUUUUUGCUGUAAUCCGAUUUUAAAUUUUUCUGGUAGAUGAGUAAAGUUUUUAUGGAUUUUUCAUUCUUUUAUUGUUGAAUUUGGGGUUAGAAUGGAGAAGAAAUUGGGUGGAAAGAGGGAUAAUCCAAACGGUCAGGUGGAGUCGGAUUCGAAGGCGAGUGCAGGAUGGGAUAGAAAAGAUUGGACAUGGGAUGGUCAUUUGUUCAAGGCUGUGAAAAAUGGGGAUUCAAAUGGUAUAAUCUCAUCAGGUUCAGAUGAAGUGUUGUUGGGAGACGAGAGGGAAUUGGAUGAACAUAGAAAGUGUGCUGAUGUAAAUGUACAUGUUAAUGAAGAGGCUGGUGGAUCAAUUAAUCUGAAUCUUGGUGAACAAGUUUUUCCUCUCAUGGUUGAUAAAGUGGAAGAGAGGACCAGGAAGAAGACCAAGGUUUCUGGCACACCAUCACCCAGCAAUGCUGUUUGUCUAGUUGAGGAUUGUAAAGUUGAUUUGAGUAAUGUGAGCGAAUAUCACCGCCGCCAUAAAGUUUGUGAUGUGCAUUCUAAGUCUACCAGUGCUUUAGUCGGGAACGCUGUGCAGAGGUUUUGUCAACAAUGUAGCAGGUUCCAUGUCCUUGUGGAGUUUGAUGAAGGGAAGAGGAGUUGUCGCAGGCGUCUAGCAGAUCAUAAUAAAAGGCGGCGUAGAACGCAUGUAGAGGAUGCAGUUAGUCCAACCUCCACCAAUGAUGUGCAGGGUAGUAAUUAUUCGUUAACCACUUUGCUCAACAUACUCUCCAACAUACAAGCCAGUAGCUCAGAUCAAGCAAGGGAUGGGGAUCUGCUAUCUAAUAUCAUAAGAGAACUUGCAAGUCUCGCUGGUUCAACCAAUCCUGCAGGACUACUGCAGAAUGAAGGGACAUCAAUGGGGACUGCUGUAAAGGAAUCUACUAUCCUUGCUGGACCCGGUGUGAGCAUACCUUCAUCUAUUUUUACACAGCAGAGUACAUUGACAGAUAAUGCUCAAGGUGGAUUUACGCACAAUGCAUCUGCUCCACAAAAAAAUCCUUUACUUUUUCCGAAAGAAUCAAGCAACUUAACCAAGGAAAACGCUUCAGAUACUGCAGUAGGGAGGGUGAAACUGAACAAUUUUGACUUAAAUAAUGUUUAUGAUGCUUCUCAAGAUUGCAUGGAGGAUCUGCAUGAUAAUCUUGCUCCUGAAAAGGUUGGGAAUGCUUCUACUGCUGUCCCAUUAGGGUUAUGUAGAGAUUCUCAACGGUUUAGCAGAGCACAUAACCGUGAGAAUUUGGUUUCCUCGCCGAGCCAGUCACCAUCUUCAACCAGUGGAAAGAUACAGAUUUGUACAGAUCGAAUUGAUUUCAAACUUUUUGGGAAAGAUCCAAGUCAUAUCCCCCUUGUCAUGCGAAAACAGAUUCUUGAUUGGCUAUCCAUUCGCCCUACUGACAUGGAAAGCUACAUCAAGCCUGGUUGCAUCAUACUGACGGUAUAUAUAUGCAUGGAUAAGAAUGCUUGGGAGGAGCUGCACUGCAAUUUAAAUCGCACUUUGAAAAGGCUUCUGGAUUCAUCUAAUGAUUCAUUUUGGAGAACAGGAUGGAUCUAUACUCGAGUACGGCAUCAUGCUACAUUUGUAUAUGAUGGUCAGGUUGUUCUAGACACACCCUUACCUCUGAAAAAUCAUCAACGUUGUAGAAUAUCAAGCAUAACACCAGUUGCUGUUUCUCUAUCCAAACCUGCCCAUUUUGUAGUGAAAGGCUUCAAUUUGUCUCGGUCUACUUCAAGGUUACUAUGUGCACUAAACGGGGAGUACCUAGUUGAGGAAAAUUGUGCUGAUUUGAGGAGAGAAGCAGAUUCGGAUGAAGAGAUCCAUCAGUCACUUAGUUUCUCUUGUGACAUGCCUAAUACUGUUGGAAGGGGAUUUAUAGAGGUAGAAGAGCAUGGUGUGAGCAGCAGCAGCUUCUUUCCGUUCAUUGUUGCAGAGGAGGAUGUGUGCUCUGAAAUUUGUACAGUAGAGAAGAUAGUUGGAGCGAGUGAAGCUUUGGAGUUUGUACAUGAAAUGGGAUGGCUUCUCCACAGGAAGAGUUUGAUGUUCAGGUUAGGUGGAAGCAGCAAAGACGUGGAUCGAUUCCCUUUGAAACGGUUCAGAUGGCUUAUUGAGUUUGCCAUGGAGCAUGAGUGGUGUGCUGUAGUGAAGAAGCUUCUAAGUAUUAUGUUUGAUGGUAGUGUAGAUGCGGGGAAGCACAGUUCAAUUGAAGUUGCAUUAAUGGAUAUAGGGCUUCUUCACCAAGCGGUUGGGAAGAAAAAAAGCAGGUCAAUGGUAAAAUUUCUAUUAGAACACAAAGAGAAGUUAAUAGUUGAAGAGGGGGGUUAUUUGUUUAGGCCUGACAGGGUGGGACCCGGUGGAUUGACACCUCUUCAUGUGGCAGCCAGUCUAGAUAGUUGUGAGGAUGUAUUGGAUGCAUUAACUGAAGAUCCGCUAUCGAUGGGAAUAGAAGCAUGGAAGAAUGCUAGAGAUAGUACGGGACUGACACCACACGACUAUGCAUGCUUGCGUGGACAUUAUUCGUACAUAGAUCUAGUUGAGAGGAAAAAAGCACAAGGAAGAAAGGAAGAAUAUGUUGUGGUGGACAUUCCGGCUGCUGCUGGUAAAUUGGAGGAGAAGAAAGUAAAAUGCAUGGAAACGGAGAAGAAGUACAACUACAACUACUGCAGGGAAUGUGAGAAGCAGAAAAUAAUAAUAAGAAAAGGAUACGGCAACGCAUCAUCAUCAGUCAGAAUUUACAGACCUGCUAUGUUGAGUAUGGUAGCAAUAGCAGCAGUAUGCGUUUGCGCUGCUUUGCUCUUCAAAAGCUCACCUCAUGUUAUGUUUUCCCUCCGCCCCUUCUCCUGGGAACAUCUCAAAUUUGGCUCUCAGUAGUAACAAUUUAUACUUACCAUACAUACAUACAUACAUACAGACCUACAUAUAUAUCUCUUCAUUUUUUGGUUAUCUACUUAACCCUCCCUAAUAAAUAAUAUUAGUAUAAUAGGCGAUUGACCCUUUUAUUUUCUUUGUGUGUGACAUUAAAUACAUAUAGUUUUUUUUAGAGAGAAAAAUACAUAUAGUUUUCUAUCUUUGGAUACAAAACAAACUUAAAAAUAGUGAGCCUUGUACAUUAUCUUCUCUUCUUCUGUGUAGUAUUGUAUUAUCUUUAGCAGUAGGGUAUAUUAAUUUGUGGAU